AAGCUGCUGCUGCUGACAGUUAUCACCGACCAGCUUUAGAAAAUAUAGAUUAGGGAUGAACAGUUGCUGAGAUAGAGGCAGGAGAACCCGAGGGGCAACACCGUAGGGACCGAGCGGAGAUUAAACGUGAGCUAAUUUACGCCGUUUAACGUUUACUCGGGAGUUGCGAUGGUCCAGUUGAGGGAUAUUUUCCUAGCUUUGCUUCUUGUGGAAUUUACAGUUUCACUGGAGGUGCAGAUCACACCUACUCACGGAGAGAUUAGUCUUGGAGAGUCCAAAUUCUUCAUGUGUGAAGUUGUAGGCGUUGCCAAACACAUAGACUGGUUUGGACCAAGUGGGGACAGGAUAGAACCGAACAGGCCAGACAUAACAGUAACCCGAAACGAUGAGUCAUCUUCCACCCUCACACUGUAUAAAGCUGGGACUGAAAAUGCAGGGACGUACAAGUGUGUCGCUACCAACGGAGACCAGCAAGGGGAGUCAACCGUCAAAGUGAAAAUCUUCCAAAAAAUCACCUUCACAAAUGCACCCUCACCUCAAGAGUUUACCGAAGGAGACAAUGCCAACAUUGUUUGCGAUGUCAUCAGUUCGCCUCCACCCACCAUCUUCUGGAAAUAUAAAGGAGCAAAAAUCCAAAUGGAAAAAGAUGUUCGCUUUAAGGUACUGAGCAACAAUCAUCUUCAAAUCCGAGGCAUAAAGAAGACAGAUGAAGGCUUAUAUACCUGCGAGGGACGCCUCAUGGCCCGCGGCGAGAUUGAUCUCCGGGUCAUCAAGGUCGUUGUAAACGUGCUCCCAACCAUUAGGGUAUGGCAGUCAGAGGUGAACGCCACAGCAGAUGUCGGGCAGCCUGCCAUGUUGACUUGUGCUGUUGAUGGCUAUCCUGAACCCAUGGUGACAUGGACAAGGAACGGAGUGGUUCUCGAUGCAGGAGAGAAGUACAGCUUCAAUGACGAUGGCUCAGAAAUGACAUUAAUGGAAGUGACCAAGCUGGAUGAAGGAGAUUACACCUGCAUUGCCAAGAACAAGGCUGGGGAGAGCGAGCAGGAACUCAGCCUGAGAGUGUUUGUCAAACCUAAGAUCACAUACAUCGUCAACCAGAGCACUUCAGAGAUGGAGGAGCAGGUAACUCUGACUUGCGAGGCAUCAGGAGAUCCGACGCCCACCAUCAGCUGGAGUGCCGGUGAUAACGUCUUCACCGAAGGAGAGCAGGCACAUCUAAACAGGAUCUAUCAGGCAUCAUGGACUCGGCCCGAGCAACACAAGAGUCUGGAUGGAAAUGUAGUGGUGAGGAGUGAUGCUCGUGUGUCCUCCCUCACGCUGAAGUAUGUCAAGUACACAGACGCGGGUCAGUACCUCUGCACGGCGCGCAGUGCCAUUGGAGAGGAUGAUCAGCUGGCAUACCUGGAGGUCCGCUAUGCCCCUAAGAUCCAAGGUGCAGUGGCUGUGUAUACCUGGGAGGGAAAUGCUGUCAAUAUCAGCUGUGAGGUCAAAGCUCAUCCCAACGAUGUAUCUAUUGUGUGGCUGAGAGACGGACUGCAGCUCCCCAACUCAAACACCACCAACAUUAAGAUCUUCAGAAGUCCAUCAGCAAGCUACCUGCAGAUAACCCCCGAGUCUGAAAAUGACUUUGGGAGCUACAACUGCACUGCUUCAAAUGAGAUGGGCACCGAGUCCAAGGAGUUCCUCCUCAUUCAGGCCGAGGUGCCAUCAGCUCCAUCCAUCAGCGAGGUGAGACCUUUCUCCACCACAGCUCAGAUUCAGUUUGAGGAGCCUGAAUCCACUGGAGGUGUUCCUGUGCUGAAAUACAGAGCGGAGUGGAAAGCUCAAGGCAGGGGCAGCUGGGUGCAGCGCAUCUACGAAGUCCAAGAUGGCUACACCGGUGAGGCGACCAUCACAGGCCUGAAGCCAGAGACCAGCUACGAAGUGAAGUUGUCAGCCAUCAACGGCAAGGGUGAAGGUGAAAGCAGCCCCGCUGAGUUCUUCAAGACGGAGCCUGUCCGGAAUCCCAAUCCUCCUAAGAUCGAAGGGGCACUUCAACCCAAAGGCAACUCCCUCAAGGUCAGCUGGAUCAAGCAGGACGAUGGCGGCUCGCCCAUUUUACAUUAUCUUGUCCGCUACAAACCAAUACAGUUGUCAGAGUGGAAACCAGAAAUCCGACUUCCCAGCGGCAGCGAGUAUGUGGUUCUUAGUGGGUUGGAGUGGGACACAGAGUACAAUGUCUAUGUGGUGGCAGAGAACCAGAAGGGCAAAUCCCAGCCAGCUACCAUGUCCUUCAGGACGUCCACAGAGCCAGAAGCCAUCCCAGAUUUGGGUGAUGAGGCAGCGGCUUGGGCAUCCAUGGGCAUCAUGCUCUGGGCAGGGAUCCUUGUUGUAGUAUUUGUACUCCUGCUGCUAGCUGUGGAUGUCACUUGUUACUUUGUCAACAAAUGUGGCCUCAUCAUGUGCCUCUGCGGAAAAUCGGGCACGGGGACCAAAGGGCACAACUUGGAGGAGGGCAAGGCAGCCUUCAUGAAAGAUGAGUCCAAAGAGCCAAUAGUUGAAGUCAGAACAGAGGACGAGUGCACAGCCAAUCAUAAUGCAGCAGGACCGACAGAACCCAAUGAAACCACACCUCUCACAGAGCCAGAGCUGGCGGCUUACACUGCUGCUCUGGCACUGGACACCCUCUCCUCCGUAGCCACCAACUCUGACACAGCCACUGCAACAAUUGACCCCGCUCAGGACAGCCCCUCUAGCGAGACCACUACCCUCACUUGUAGCCUGUCUACCCCGGCCAACGACCCCUCACCCACCCCUGUCCUGGCCCCGGCCCCGACUCCAGAGUCGAACACGGCGCCGCCGACUCCCCUCAUCUCCACCUCUGCCGUCGAAGCUAAAAUGGCCCCGUUAGUAGAACAAAGAGGAAGCGACACCCCGGAGGAACAGGAGAAAAUAACCACUUCUCCUCGUACCCCUGAAUGGACUAAACCUCAAAAAGCUGGGACACCGAUUCCACCGAAGCGUAGACACUCUCCUAAACUUGCCGCUAUGAAUGCUAAAGGUAGCCCGCCUGUAUCUCCACUGGCUACGUCUUCCCCAUCCUCCUCUCCUGCUCUCGACACCAAGAAACCUGCUCCGAAGCCACCGCUCAACAAGCUCCCCUUACAGCCACACACUGUAGCCUUAGACACCGAGACGCCAGCACAAACUGCCUCCACACUAGCAACCACUGCCCCUCCGAAACCAGACCCUGACUUAAACACAACUGCCCCUAAUCCUAGUGGGCUUAGCCUUACUGCCUUUGACACAAAAAACAAACCUGUUGAUCGAAACACUGACAAAGAUGCUGCGACUAGCUCUCCUCCAGUGAUCCACGGGGCUCUUAAAGUCCUGGAUGCUGAAGGACCUGCUCCUCUAGUUGCAGACGUCCCCUCUCCUUUACCUGUUACUCCUAUUCCUUUCACUCCUGCCCCCGCCACUGUCGAGGCGCUGAUUACUAAUGACCUUCUCACAUCGCCGUCUGACACGUACGACUUAGUAGCCUCUGAUGGGGGACCCAAAAAUGCAGAUUUAGAGUUAGAGCUGACGAACGGGACAGAGAGACCCCCCCUGGCAGACCUUAUUAGCUUAGAGAGCCCGCCCUCUGCCCCCUCUCUGCCCAAUGGAGACGGAGCAGACCUCCCCCCCUCAGGCCCAGUUCUGGAGGCGUCAGAGACUCUGGCCAAGACUGCUCCUCCUGUCAACGAUGAGAAGAUUUUUUCCGAUGAGAAAGGCAAACUGGAGGAGGCAGACUUAUCAAACGCCCUGACGGAGAUCGCUGCAGAACACAACAGUGUCAUACAGACAAAUACCACCGAGAGCAAAGCAUGAUGGGCCGGGGAACCCCCCCCACACACACAACCCCAGCCCAAUCCAAAACAUUUUGCAGCAGCGACGAGCGAGAAACACUGCAGGAGUUUUGAUUUCCAGUGCCCUUAACUACAUAUUCGAAACCACACACACACACACACACACACACAGACACACACACAGACACACACACACACACACACACAGUGUCGAUUGGUUUCUGGUUUCAUUCAUGAAAUGUUUACUACACCCAAGGAAUUUAUCUUUAGAUCAUAAGAGAUUUAUUUUAUUUUUUUAUUGUUAUUUUAUUUAACCAGUCAGGAAGAUUAAGGACAAUCUCUUAUUAUAAUGAUCGCUUGGUAAAUAUAUGAAAUUAGACUUUCUGUUCUGUGCUUUUAGUUUGAAAUGCAUCUGCGCAAAAGUAUUGGAUUAUCAAGAGAAAUGUAUAAAAAUAAAAAACCUGACUAUAUAUAGAAAUUAUUUUUCUUAUUUUCAUGUCUUACUGUUGAAAUGUAAAACUGUUUGCAUUUAUUUUAGUUUGGACUCUUAAUUUGUGGGCUUGUCUCAUUAAAUAGCUUGUUCUGCAUGUGUGACCUGCAAGUGGUUGUAAAGUUUUUGUUUACAAGGUUUAUUGUUUCACUUUGUCUGCUACAGGGAUGUUCCAUCUCUCACAGAUACCCUGGCAUUGAUUAAACACAGGCCCGACUUCAAUGUUUGGAUUAUAACCAUGUUUUUUAUGGUUAUAAAAAUACAGGAUUAGCCCACAGUCAGCUGCAGGGGGAAAGAGAGGGAGAGAGAAUCCCACAACACGUCAGAUCAGAUUUGGCCCAUUUUAUGAUUAAAAUAUUCAGUCUAUCACUGCCUUACCACAGUGCUGGUUAAAAUACUCGUCAAUCAAAUGGAUUUGACUAAAAAAGAACAACUCAUUGAACACACAGAAAAAGACAAACUGCCAGCAGAACUGCUGAUUCUCAGCCAAGGGUUGAACAACCGUGAAUCUUAUGAUCUUGAGCUAAAUUUACUAUUUGUUUGGGGGGCAACAACUGCUGCUGUUUCUUCCUCACAUUAAAGCAGAUCAAAAAGGUCUGGCUUCGUACUUCUGAGUUGUGCUUUCAAAGCAAGAAAAAGAAUAAAAACUCUAAAAAGCAUUUUUUGUACUAUUUAAAAACUACAAAGAUUUCUUUUCCAUUCCUGCCUGCAAGCUUGUGCACUGUGCCUGUGUGUCAAUAGAUUGUCUUGUCAUCAGUUUCUAUGAUAAUCUGCAUAGCUUUGUCGUGAGAGGUUUAGCCUAUUCUUUUUUAUUUACUAUAUUGUAUUAUUAGAAGAAAAGUACGAUAAAUGGACUAAUGUGGUCAUUAUAACACGUGUAGUGUAUGAAACUGUCCGUCUCUGGUCACAGCACUAUAUAUCGCCAGCUAUAGUGAAGGAAGGUGUUUUGAGCCUUGGCAUGAAUUCAGUCAGUACUUUAUAAUGUAUACAUGGCAGAUAGACGUGCCCAUGUUUGUUUGGGGGGAAAUAGUUCUCAUAUUGAUUUCAUGAGUGUUACCUUUGGGGCUUGUUCUGGCAUUACUACACAUUGUUUUUAUUUUCUCUCCCCCGGUUGUUAUUUAAGUGUUCUGUAAUGUGGUCUUUGAACUUUUUCUUUUCUUUUUUUAGUUUUUGUCUUUUUGUACAAAAAUUCACUCACCAAGAGCGACUGCUUGACAAGUUCAGGAUAAACAUUGGCAGGAAGCAGGGUGGUCCCACCUGAAACAGAAGAUACAACUUUUUUUUUUUUUUUUUUUUUUUUUUUAAAGCUUUGGAUUAAAUUGAAUACAGAUCGCAAGUGUAUAAGAACACGAAGACAAACUUUACUCACCUUCCACUGCUGUUACCUGACCACCUUGCUCCCUCGUCACUGGACGCUCCUUUUGGUUUUAUUGGGUCAAACUCAGAAAAUAUCUGUUGUGUACAGUCUGAGUGCUAACCCAUUUACAAAAUAAAAAAUGGUUUCCGAAUCUAA